UCGUUUACUUUUUCUUUAUUCUUAACUCUCUAAAAACUGCCAGUAGAUAUUGCCGGAAAAAAUCCGUUGUGGACUAAAAAAAUCACACGGAAUCUAAGUGUGAAUCGAGGUUUAGUCGUGCAGAGUUGUGUUUAUUAAAGAAUUAAACUGGUACUCCAUUAUUACAUGUUUUAUUAUUCUGUAAAUAUUAAUUUAUUUAGUUGAGUAUACGCCAUUGCCCAUCUCAAAAAUGGUGGAGGUGCCGUGCCGUCAAUUGAUGUCACGUGUCCUGACAAUGCAUUCUCAAUACAAACAAAUACUCUCUACCUAAAAAAAACAAUAAACAAACAGAACACAUCUUUGGAGCGUCGGUGAGGUUGGAGGAGAAGGGUUUGUGAAAUGGAGUCGAGUGAGGAUGUGGAGAAUCUGAGUAGAGCUAUCGAGAAGCUUCUUAUUGAGAAGAGGAAGAGAGAAGCUUCUGGUGACGCUUUCAUUGAAGACGACGAUGAUCAGCUUUUGCUCUCUAGGCUUAUCUCUCAGUUGGAAUCACCAAAGUCCAAGGAAAAAGCAGGUGUGAUAACCAAAGAAGAAGAAGAAUCUGCACCAUCCAAAGGAAAACGCGAGGGCCAGAGACAAUUGGAAGAGAGUAUAGAAGAAUUAGCUAAGGACAUCAAGAAGGUGAAGAAGCAGAACACAAUAACCCAUGUACUUCUCUCGGCUGUGAUCAUCCUGACAUUGACUUGGCAGCUCUCUGAGUACUCGAUGAUUUUCAUGUUGAAAGAUAGAAUAAGCCACCCAGUCAGAUCCAUCGGAGGUAUGCUUAACGGGAUGUUCAAAGGUAAGUUACGUCCAAUCAAGAACCAACUUGCGGGGACUUCCAACUCCAAUGACCAAAACAACCAUGGGAAUGGAACACAAAUUGGACCUCAACUUCAAGUACCAGAGUUGUUGCGAGAAUUCGGUUUCGACGACGAUGAAUAAUGAUACUUUCCUUUGUGACUCAAUAAUACAACUGUUAUCUGGAAACAGGGGCACCCUCAUUGUUUAUUUACUUUCAGAAUAGGUAGUGUACUUUUAUGCGAUCAAAAUGCAAAAGAAUAGUUAUAGUUGCUUUCUCAAACCAUAUUUCAAAUAAUCUUUUGUUUUAUCCUUA